GAGAAAUCACAAGGUAGAGAGACAGGGGGAGAGGGAAGGGAUAGGGUGGUCGCUUUUAGUCCUGUUGUGACGGAACUUGGUUAGGACAUUCUUUAGCACAAUGAGAGAAUCGCUGCAAAGAGAAGGAAGAAUGAUUUCCAUGAGUCUGCAUGCAGACUGUGCUUCAAGCUACAAGAAAUGAAUAGAGCUCAGCAGUGGAACUGUGGAACUGAUUCCUCACACCGCUAGAGAAAAAACAAGGAGGGUGAAGAGGAGAUAUUGACAAGAAAAAGCACUGGGACCCCCCAUUGAACCUCGGAGUCCCCCUAUUCUCCCAGGCUUGUUCAGAAUACAUGGAGAACAUGAUUGGUCAGCCAGAGAGGUCACCUGACAGCUCCUCUAAGCCCCGCACAUCACCAGCUGUCGCCCAAUCAGGAGAAGAGAAUGGCAUUCUCCAGUUGUCCAAUGGCUCUGUGGGGCUCAGUCACUAUGAUCCUGCAAACAGCAUCACAUCAUCAGAUCUCUCCAGCCCGGUAUCGGAGCAGCACGAAGGCCUGUACAAUGGGCAGGUGCUGCUCAUCCUCCCCUCCAUUUCUUCCUGCUGGGCUCCUGGGUUCAAUAUUGAGUUGUGUCGUGGGCUCCUGGCGAGGCAGGGGAUACAGAUCCCUGCUGAAGAUUUGGACCAGCCUCUUCACAGCUCUCUUGACAAACCUGAAGUGAAGCGAUACCUUUUAUUCAACUCCACCCUUUUCCAUCUCUUCCUCGCUCCGCUGCUGUACCUGGUGACCUGGUGUGGGCUGUACUCGACCUUUCACCUCUUCCUGCACGGCAGUCUGGGGAGCUUCUUCUGGCUGUUCUGCCUGUCUCUCAGCCUCCUCUCUGUGCUCCUGACUGCAAUGGUCCUGCUCCUUCUCAAUCGACACACCCAUCAGAUCAAUAUGAACACGGACGUGCGGCUGAUCCGUGCUAAUGAAGGGCUGUGUAAGCACAAGGUCCUGGCGGGGCUGUCUGACACAGUGAGCCAAUGCACCAGCCUGCACCAACUGUUCUUGGUUUAUUUCGACCUGUCGGACUGCCAGGUGAGACUGACUGAGCUCCUGGAGGAGAUGAGUUUCACAAGCGGCAAGCUGCAGUCCAAGCUUCGUCAGAAACUAUCACACCUGCAUCUGGUCACGCAUGUCAAGGCGGACAACCCCAACGAGAGGUCAGAGGUCACAGACUCGGAGGAGACAUCCUUGUUGCUUGGUGACGAGGCUGAAACAGGACGCAGUGCCUCCAAGAGGCUGAAGGGGAAACCAGAGCUCACCGUCAUCAAAAGCCUGGUCCCCACAGGGUCAGCUCAGGAAAUGGCUUAUCAACUGCUACUCACCUACAGUGCUGUGUACGUGAAGCUCCUAGUGGCUCAGAGACUGCCUCGUGAACAGCGCCACCUGCAUGCCUGGAGGGCUAAUGCACCCUGCCUCUGCCAAUACAUUGAAAAGCUGCUGCUGCGCUAGACCAGGACACAUGAUGAACCUGUGGGUUCAAAAGACGCUGCCGCUGCAGGACUGUAGAUAUAUUAGUAUAGAGACACAGAGACAAUCGUGAGGGGAGCAAAUGCCCCCCCCCCCCCCCAGUCAUCCUGAAUUUAUAUGUUUAAACUGAUUAUUAUUUGCUUGUGUUGGAAGACACGAUUUGAUGCUGUAUGUUAUCUUUUGUACUGAAAAUAAAGAAAACAAAAAGACCAAGAGCAAAACAAUGUGGGACUUGAGAACCGA